UAUAAUUCGGUCCUGACGGGGUAAAGUCCAGCUCAAUCCGACAUGGCAACCAGGUGGGGGAUCUGCAGCGCGGGGAAGAUCAGCCAGGACUUCGCUGUGGCUCUGAAAACUCUUCCUUCUGCAGACCAUCAGAUUGUGGCUGUGGCCGCUCGGAAGCUGGACGACGCUCAAGAGUUUGCCACGAAGCACGGCGCCUCUCGAGCGUAUGGAAGCUAUGAGGAGCUGGCCAGGGAUCCAGAUGUGGAUGUAGUUUAUGUUGGAGUAAUCCACCCUCACCAUCUGAAGACUUGUCUGCUCUUCAUCAACGCCAAGAAGAACGUUCUGUGUGAGAAGCCGCUGGCCAUGAACGCCAGGGAGGUGAAGGAGAUCCUGGAUGCUGCGAAGAGGAACAAUGUCUUCCUGAUGGAGGCCGUCUGGACCCGCUUUUUUCCAGCUUCCGAGGAGAUCAGACGGCUGCUGGCCCGAGGGGAGGUGGGUGAGGUGAAGGUUGUCAGAUCGGAGUUUGCCGUGCCUCUCAUGCACGUGCCGAGAGCCGUGCAGAAGGAGCUGGGUGGAGGAGCAAUGCUGGACGUCGGCAUCUACUGCCUGCAGUUCACAUCCAUGGUGUACAAUGGAGAAAAGCCCGAGAGCAUCCAAGCCACCGGAGUCUGCUUUGAGUCAGGUGUGGACGAGACUGUUGUCGUCACCCUGAAAUACCCCGGGAGCAGAUUGGCAGUUUUUACUUGUUCAGCAGGAGUGCAGCUGCCCAAUGAAGCCGUGAUCGCAGGAACAAAGGGCACCAUAAAGGUCCCAUAUCCGAUGUGGUGUCCCACAUCGUUAGUGGUGAACGGGAAGGAGACCCAAUAUCCACUGCCAGAACCCAGUAUGCCUCUCAACUUCCUCAAUAGUACAGGGAUGCGUUAUGAAGCAGAAGAGGUUCGCCAGUGUUUGCUCAGAGGUCUGAAGGAGAGCGCCAUCAUGUCUCACACCGACUCUCUCCUGCUGGCCGAGGUGGAGGAUGAGGUCAGGAGGCAGGUGGGGGUUGUGUACACCCAGGACUGCCAAUAAAAAGCUCACAUAAAACUGGGUUCUUUUGUGAUAAAUAUUUAGUCAUGUUUAUUAAGCUGGAAUCUAUAUUUUGGCCAAAUGCUCUAAACUACCAAUAAAAGGAUCAUCAUCAACUCAUGGAUUGCUAUCUUACUUUUAUAUGUAUACAUAUGUAUGUAUAGUUCCAGGUAUGACGAUAAGUAAUAACUGCUGCUUUUUGUGAUGGUGGAAACACAGUAAACUAUAAUUACAUGAAGUCCUGGUAAAUUUCUAAUGCACUUUGAUUAAAUAAACUUCUUUAAAAG